GAACGUAACCGGCGUCUGAAUCGUUUUUUUUUUGCACUUACUUAACACGCCUUGAGUUGCUACUUUGUUUCUGAGAAGCCGACAGCCCCUUGCUCCGACACGGUACCGGGAGUGACGUCACAAAGGCUGCUCGUGCGCGCACGGGGUCGAGUUUUCCGGUUCUUUAUAAGAGCCGGCCAGACAGAUGCAGACGACGGGAAAUGCGAGGACGCAUCGGAUCAGAAGAAUCGGCUGCUACAUGAGAACAUCUGUGGGUCGGUUCGUUGUGCCAACAUACAUCACACAACACAGACUGUGUGUAUAACUGAACAGACCUCGAGACUGAAACACAUGUGUGAUGAUGAGGUCAUCCAGCUGCUGAUGAUCGCAGUAUGUCCGCCAGCACGAAGCUGCCACCACGCUGCCCUACCUGCGGCGAGACGUGUCCGUCAUGUGACCACACCUGCCCGAUGCUUUGUGUGACUCCACGCUGGAGAUCUGAGGGGGUGCCGGCGGCAUUACAGGAGAGCGACAUGCACUUGGACCUCCUGGACGCCCUCAGUCUGGCCCGUCCGCUCCGAAAGAUCUUCAUCCAGAGAGACUCGCCGUCAGUCCUCCCCGCGUCUCUCUCUCCGCUGCUGGCGGAGGGGGACGCGGGCGGAGCAGUAACCCGGUUGGGCGUGCCGUGGCUGGGUCGGCUGGCGCUGGAGGCUCGUCUUCAGCAGCUGGCGCUGGAGGUGCAGGAGCGGGUGUCCCUCAGACUGGAGACUCUGCAGGAGGAGGUGAAGAGGAGGAGCGCGGAGGUGAGGAGAGCGAGGAGAGAGAGCGAGAGGAUGGACCGAGAGAGACGCGAGGCAGAGGAGAGAGCGGCACAGCUGGAGCGGCAGGUGGACAUCUCUGUAGAGAUGCUGGCCGACCUCAGAUAUGAGCUGAGAGAACGAGAACAACAACUCCAGCGCAAACAACAGUCAGUGGAAGUGUGUGAACUGGACCGGUAUGUGCGGGACACGGCGCUGCGCGAGGCGAGCGCAAAGACUCGGCUUCAGCGUUUCAUAGAAGACAUCCUGGAGAGAGCAGAGAGGGCGGAGCUUCAGCUGGAGAACAUCCACUUACACGAUGAUGUCAGUUCCCCUCACAGACACCUGACAGGAAGCAGAGCAUCAGGGUACCAGAGGAGCAACAGUGUGUCAGGGAAAGUGUCUUCACAUCUGUGUGAUCACAGAGCUUCUCCAGGCUUCAGGUAUGAGGUCAGAAGGCCACGCACGCUGUCUGUGGGGUCAGGAGGAUGUGAAGGUCACUGGAGGGGCGGUGGACUCGAUCAUCAGCACAUGUUGUGUCUGGACGGCGGUUCUGAUUCUCACUGGAUGAUCCAGAACGCACACACAGACUCCGAUAACUGCUCGCUCUACACAACACGAUCACAGGACGACAGCGAGUACAGGACAUACAGCAGGACAGGUCGGGAUGUGUCGGGCUUGAAGAGAACCAGCAUUGAUUCGCUUGUGUGUUCUGAGCGUCUCAGACUGAAAGCAGGACUGUUCUGUGUGUUUAUCUAUCUGGACACAUACUCACUCCUCACUGCUGCAGAGGUGAGUAAGGAUUGGCGUAGUGUUGCACGACACCCUGCUGUCUGGACCAGAGUAACACUCGAGAAUGCUCGAGUUUCAUCAAAGUUUUUGAUGACUCUGUCUCAGUGGUGCUGUCAAACACAAUCUGUUGUUCUGCACAACCUCAAACCUCGCCCCCGAAGCAAGAACGAAAGCAAAGAUGAGCAUUUGAAAGCCACAAGAGGCUGUCUGGAGGCGGGUCUGGAGGCAGUGCUUAAGUCAGCAGGGCGGAGUCUCGUGGCUCUGAGCAUCUCUCACUGCCCCAACGUUUUGACGGACAGGUCGCUGUGGCUGGUCAGCUGUCACUGUAGAUCGCUGCAGUCUCUCACGUACAGAAGCGCGUCUGAUCCGGCGGGUCAGGAGGUGAUUUGGGCUCUGGGGGCCGGAUGCAGGGACAUCACCACACUGCACGUCGCACCGCUGCAGCCCUGUUCGCAGCCCAGUCGCUUUAGUAACCGUUGCCUGCAGACGAUUGGUCGAUGCUGGCCGAACCUGUGCCGGGUGGGCGUGGGUGGCGCUGGAUGUGGCGUUCAGGGAUUGGCCUCUCUGGUGAGAAACUGUGUGAAUCUGUGUGAGCUGGAGUUGAAUCACAUGAAUGAAGUGAAUCAGGACGGGGCAGCGGACAUCUGCAAAGACGGACUACAACAACUACACACACUUACCUUCAUCUCCACACCCGUCACAGCUAAAGCCAUACUGCACUUUAAAAGUGUUUGUGUGAAUCUGAGGCGUAUUGUGGUACAGUUGAGUAUAGCCGAUUAUUUUGAGGACGUUGAGAAUGAAGAAGCUCAGCGGCUGUUUGUGGAGAUCAUCAGUAAUUUACAGAUGUUGAGAAAGAGAUCAGUCCUGUCCGAUGUGCUGCACAUCACAUCAAAGUGAACAAACCCUCGUAAUGACAUCUGAUCUUCAACACAGUGACAAUCACACACACAUGUCUGGUUUAUUAUCUCCGUGGAGACAGUCCAUAGGUGUAAUGAUUCUCAUACUGUACAAACUGUAGAUCUGAUCCCCUAAACCUAAAGGUCAUUGAAAACUUUUUGCAUUUUUACAUUUUCAAAUAAUAUCGUUCUGUACGAUUUAUAAGCUUUUUUGCCCAUGGGGACCUCAAUUUUGGUGACACGAGUCCCCAUGAGUUGGUGUGAAUUCAGGUGUAGGUCCCCACCGGGAUAUAAAGACAACACACAAACACACACAAUACAGAUGCACAAAAAGAAAUGAUGCACUUUUAUAUAUUAAGUGUUUUGUGAUCGUGAGGUUUGGUUAUAAACAGAUGCACAUUUAUAGCACAUAAACUUUCUCAGGUCUUUAGUUUUAGUGGUUUAUGUGUAGACUUCAAACAUAAUAUAAUGACUAUUUAAAAGGUAGAACUGUUGCAAUAAGUAGGAGUAAAAAUUGUUGACAUAACUAAUAAAUUAUGAUUUUCCCUGUUUUCACACACGUCUUCCAUCAGGUGUCGUCAACAAUCUGUGUUGACGUCAUCUGAGUCAUGGUGAUGUGUGUUUACAUGUUAUUAAUGUUAUUUGUAUAACAACUGAGGUUGUAUAUGUGGCCCAUCUGAAAAACGUUCUGACAAUCUGAUUCCUCCUCUACUGUAAAUUCUUUGAUGAUUUAUUGUCCACCAGCUUAAAGUCGGGUUGCUUAGAAAACAAACAGCACUGCAUUCAAGUGCAUGAUCUGAGAAACCAUUCAUUCCUUCAGCUCGAAAGCUGUGUGAUCAGUGACACACCAAAGUUACGUUUUUAUCUUUAUAUUCAGCUGUUCCAUUUACCGUAGUGUGAGUAAAAAUAAACAGAACUACGGGAGUAUAAAUCUGUUUACUUUGGGAUUGUUCGUGAUUAUUUGAUUGGCUGGGGAAGAUAUUGCUCAUCAAUGAUCUAUGGCCGACAUUCUGUGGACCAAACCUCUCAUUUAUAAAAUGAAACUCUAUCAUCCAAAUAAUAAUCUUUAAAACAAUUUAAGAUUUAAAGUCUAACAAAAACAUUAUCGACAAACUCUCUGACCUUGGAAAUGUGUCUUAAGUUAUACUGACACAUUUAUAAAUGAAAGCUUGAUGUAAUGACAAUUAAACGCAAUUGUGACAAUUAAUAAAAUGCACUACACACACUAUAAUGUCUUCUGUAUGAGCGGUGCAAAAUGCUUUAGAACACAAAAACCCCUUGCACUUUUUUAUUUUGCUUUAAGUAUCUGAAUAAACUAAUAAUGCCAAUUUCAUCGUUGUUUUUAAUAAGAUGCACAUGUAAAACACAUUAAAGAUGAUGUUCUUCUGUCUCCUUUAUUAACAUUAGAUGUACAUGUGUUGAGAUGUACAUCUAAUGUACAUCUCAACACAUGUACGCGCCCAGAGAGUCCGAGCACAAAAUAAAAAAAGUUCUCUUUCACGCCUUCUUACUCUGAAACGGACAUAUUAACACAAAAUAUCGUCAAAAUUCCCAUAUUAACAAGAAACCUUGUAAAGGUAUUCAGUUUGUUUCGUGACCAAACAGUUGGGAAACAAAACACGUGUUCCAGUAUAUUGCGCGAGCUCUUAAAGGGGCAGCAGCAUAAUAAAGAUCUCUGUUUAUAAUGUUCAUCAAACAACAACGGACGGGCCCAAAAGCACUCACUGAUAUUAAAGGAAUUGUGUUCUCUUAUAGGAGUCGUUCACAACAAAUAAAGGAAGAAAGUAGCUUUAAGAAAGAUGUGCUUUAAAUAUGGUAAAGUGUUGAAAAAGAGUUUACAUAUACAAUAAAAAUAAUUCAAUCAUAAACAAUGAUUUGUAUUAAUUUCUAAUUGAUUUAUUAAUGUAUUAAACACAUUUUAAUGAAGUUUUAGUGAUUUUUUCUUACCUCACCCCACGACUCUGGUGCUAUCAAAUGAAGGGCUGGUGCCACCAACUGAAUAACUUGAUAGCACCAGUGCCACCUCUCUCAAGUGUUAGUCUAGAGCCCUGCUUUCUUGUAGAAUUGUGCUUCAAAUAAAGAACUUUAUGUUGACCAGAUUGUUAGUUAAUCAUUUACAAGUCAAUAUUGCCUAUAUGGACAGCGAUUUAAAAAAAAAAGUGAACUUGUAAAACUGCGGUGUUAAAUGCGAUGCGGUCGAAAAUUUGGGUGCACCUAACUUUUGUGCUGGUGGACCUAAGAAAAACAGUUAGGCGCACCAGUGCAACCAGUGCAAAAAGUUAGUCUAGAGCCCUGUUCAAUGGUGCAGAUUCAAAGUGUGAUGUACUGUAAUGAAUUAACAAAUGGAAGUGUAAAAUAAUAAAAUGAGAUUAAAUAAAGCCGAGUAUUGUCAUUUUUACACAUAAAUAUAAACACUAGUCAACUCUAAACACGUAGCUUUUUUAAUCCAUCAUAGUCAUAACAUACUUGAUGGAUGGUUUUCGUCAGUUUAGUAAUAAUUUUAUUAACAGUUGGCCAUAGUUACUAUUUAAAACGCCUAACUUAAUAUUGUAUAUUCACUCAACUGUUUAUCAUUCUGAACUUACUUCCAGAAUCACGGCACACUUUCUGAACGCUCGUAUGAGCCAACUUAAUAAACAUAAUGACAUGUUAUAAUAAAACACAUAUCUAAAAUCGACAUUCCCUUUAGACUGUGUAACCCAACAAUCUAAGUAUUUUUCAUAAUUUAGGCAUAAAAGAGUUCGGUCAUGCUUGUUGUUGAUGAACAAUAAUGGUGACGUUUUAAAAACCUUCAUUAUGUUCUUAAUGUGUAGUGGUCCUCACCAGUGCUCGAGCCCAUGUAUUACCCAUGUGACGAAUUUAAGCAAACUGUACUUGAACAAGUCACCAACAAAACCAAUAGGGGCUUGGCUGGCUGCAGCCGAUGGGGCGAGUGGAGCUCCACUCAAAAGCGGAAAUACGUCACCUCCACUCGAAGCCCGAGCGGAUAUACGUCACCUAAUUCUGACCUCAACCCGAAAGUAAUUUAUGAAACUUAUCUCUUAAAGAUAUUAUAUGUUCAUACACUAAUGAUUGUAAAAUGUUUGAUUAUGUGGUGAACUUCUAUAUUUUACAU